AGGUAGGUGUGUACGGUAGUGACUGACACAUGUUUUGCUGUAACCUUGAUGUCGUGAAAUAUUUCCUAUCAUCUGUGUGGUAAACAUGCAGGCUGCAAUGGAUAUCACGACUCGGUUCUGCCAUAAAGAGAUGGAAGAAUAUGGGGCAUGUGUGGCCUCCAACCCAUCAACAUGGCAGCAUCAGUGUGAAGACCUGAAAAUGAAGGUUGCACAGUGCACAUCCUCUCACCCAGUGAUCCAGAAGAUCAGGUCCGAUUGUGCCAAGGAGUUUACAGACUUUGAGCGCUGCCUCAGAGACAACCAGACCACACCGACCUCCUGCUCGCCUCAUGUAGCACGCUUCCUUGGCUGUGUCGAGACAGUUGACCUGGCUGGGGUUGCAGUUGAUACAGUCCCUCAGAUGUCGUAGGAUCCUGGAAACCCUCACUCCAGAGCUGACGUCUCUGCUGCCAUACUGACCAACAGAUACUCUGGGGAUGAACUUAUGUCAAAGGGGACCUUUUGUAUUUGUCUGCUGAUUUGAAAAGGGAACUCAUUCACUGUUCGACGUUUGGAUCGAUUGGACUCCUUUCUGUGGAGAAAAAAAAAAGCUUUUCGAGAUCCUCAUCACCUCAAAGGGUGAAACAGACCUGUUCUUUUAGUUGACUUUGCAACUGAUUUGAAUACUCUGAAUAAUAAUAUUGAGAAGAGUAUGAUGUCAUAUUAUACUAAUACUAGUCACACUCCCCUCUCCUCGAUUUUGAGUCUUAGUAUAAAAUUAAACCCUGGAAUGUG